GCUCUUCGUCCAAUCAGGCGAAAGGUGGGUGGGAAUCCCUUUGCCCUGCGAGGCUGCUCGGACCGGCAAAGAGAAAGAGGAAUCGCGCGCCGGGGGCUGGCAGGCUUUGGUCGGUGUGAAGAGGUCAGUAUCGACUCCCAGUAUGGCUCUAUGGCAGCAGAUCCAGUCAUUGGAUAGCGUAUAUUUGGAUCAGGUGCACUGCCUGUACUUGGAAGAUUCCUUGCCCAUGGAAGUGAGACAGUACCUGUCCCACUGGAUUGAGGAUCAGGACUGGAGAUACGCAGCCCAUUCCGACUCCUCACAGGCCUGCUGCCUUUUCCACACGAUGCAGGAUAUGUUGGAUGAUGAGCUGGGACGCCUUGAGCUCAACGAAGAAGACAGUUCUAAAAUAGUGGUGAAACACAAUCUGCAUCGUUCCAAACUCCAACUUCAGUACAUGUAUCAAGAUCAUCCGGAGAAGUUGGCUGCUGUCAUUGAUGGUCUGUUGACCCAGGAGCGAGCAAUCCUGUUGGCAGCCUCAGCUGGCUCUCAGCCAGCAGUGGAGCCCCCAAGUGGUGCUUCCAUGACUUCUAGCCAGAGGCACAACAUUGAGAAACGGCUAGACGAGAUGCGAAGGACUGUUCAGGGUCUGAGAACUUCUAUAGAUCAACUUGAAUUGCUAGAGGACACCUGUGGUUUCCGUUUACAAACACAGAGGAUAUUAGAAAGAACAACCACCAGUACUGAUGCUGUUCAGUCCCAAAGAACACGGGAAAUGCAAGUCAUGUUAAAUAAUUUGAACGUCUGCCGCAAGGUCUCCCAACAGGAUGUACUGGCCCGGAUUCAGGAACUGCUGGGUCGCUCUGACACUCUCAGGGAAUUGCUGCUGGAAGAGCGGGAUGCCUGGAAAGAUCGCCAACGACGGGCAUGUAUUGGAGACACUUGUGAUACCAGCUUAGGACAACUGGAGACAUGGUUCACAGCACACGCUGAGGACCUCUUCCAUUUGCUUCAGUUCUUGCACAUAAUGGAGGCGCUGCCCCAAAAGCUGACCUACAAAGGAGACCCUCUCACUGUCCAGUUGCCCCAGCUUAAAAAUCGUCUCCAGGAGCAAAUUGUCUUCCUUCUGAAAAGUGCAUUCGUGGUAGAGAGUCAGCCUUGCAUGCCCUUCCCCAACCGGCGUCCAUUGGUGCUGAAAACUAGCCAGAAGUUUUCUGUCCGUGUCAGGCUCCUGGUGAAGUUGCUGGAUCGAAACCAUUCUGCGGAGGUGAAGAUUGAGAUUGACAGGGAUGCUGCUGAUUUCGGAGGGUUCCGGAGAUUCAACAUCUUGCCGUCAAACACCAAAACCUUGACAAUGGACAACCCUCAAGUGCAGGAGCUUGUUUGCGACUUCAAGCACAUUAUGCUGAAAGAGCAGAAGAGCAGUGGCUCGGGCAAGGGCGGCAAAGGGGUCAACGAGGGUUUGUUGUCCAUCCUGGAGGAGUUGCACAUAAUCACCUUUACGUUGGACUAUUGCUACCAAGGCAUCAAAUGCCAGCUACAGACUUCUACCUUGCCAGUGGUGAUUGUUUCUAACCCCAAUCAGAUGUCCCCCGCCUGGGCUUCCAUUUUAUGGUUCAUCAUGCUCAGUAAAGACCCCAUGAACCAGCGGUUCUUCUCCAAACCACCAGCUGCCACUUGGGCCCAGCUGUCCACCGUGCUGAGCUGGCAGUUUGCUGCCACUACGGAGCGAAACCUAAACUCGGAGCAGCUCAAGAUGCUAGGAGAGAAACUCUGUGGAUCCUCUGUCGUGGCAGAAAGCACCAUCACCUGGAAUCAGUUCUCCAAAGAGCUGACCACUGCCAAUGUCUCCUUCUGGGCCUGGAUGGAUGGGAUCAUACUUCUGAUACGGGAACACCUGCUGGAACUCUGGAAGAACGGGCUCAUCAUGGGAUUUGUGAGCCGUAAACGGGAGAGGCAUUUGUUGAAGAGGAAGGUGGGGGGCACCUUCCUGCUCCGUUUCAGUGAGAGUAGCCCAAACGGUGGCAUCACCUGCACUUGGGUGGAGUAUGACAACCAAGGUUCCCCCAAAUUCCAGGCAGUUGAGCCCUACACCAAGGAUGACCUCAAAAUCCUGUCGCUGCCUGACAUCAUCCGCGACUACCACAUCCUGGCUGAAGAGAACAUCCCUGAGAACCCGUUCCACUACCUGUAUCCAGACAUUGAUCGGGAUGAAGCUUUUGGUCCUUAUUACAGUGAACGCCAAGAAGACCUGUCAGAACACAGGAAAUACCUGAAGCGUCGCCUGAUCAGAGUCUCCCAUCCCAGCCAACCAGAAGGGGCUCAGGCUGCGGAGGUUCCUGCUCCGGAAAUUCAAGCUGCAGAGGUCCAACUUCCAGAGCCGCCUGUGGAGGGACAGUCUCCAGAGGCGAAUGGGCUACUCCCUGAGAACGACAUUCCUUUGCCCGCUUACUUGAGCGACCUUGAACAAGGACUUGGAGGCCUCUUGUUUGAGAGGCAAGAUCCUUUUCUUUCACCACCAGUUGGAGAGGAGGCAUCUGAAGAGAUACAAGAAUUAAAACAACUGCAUCUCAGUGAAGAAGACUUUUUCCUGUAGGUUUCUUCUCCUACCGCCUGAUAGCACAAGUGGUUCUCGUCUUAGAAAUAAACCCAACAGGCAAUAGUGGUACUGAUGGGUUUUUGCCAAGUUGGAUGUCUGUGUUUCUUGCUGUUCACCUCUGCCAUCCUUAUGCCCCAGUGCAAAACAACCUUUUUCAAAAUUAAUCAACUCAAGAAAGACACUGAACGAUCUUGGAAACUGGCUUCACUCUGGAUUCUCUGAAUGUCACUGGUGGGAGGGGUGGCUGUGUUGAGUGUCCAUGUAAAAUGGAAGGGCUAGACUGACUGGGGUUUUGGUGUGCCUGGAGGAUAAUGGGAGUGGGGUGUGUGUCAAUAAAUAAUGAGGCUUUCUCAUUCCUACUCUCCACAUAUUAUAUAUGUAUAUUAUUUAGAAACUGAACACUGAUUCUGAUGCACACGUCCACAUACACCAGUAAGGAUUCUGACCACAGUUAAGCAACAGUCCUUUCUUAGCCCUUUUCUCUGCACAGUGAACCUCUCCUGGAGUUUUCUUCACCUCUUUCCAUUAAUUUCCCUCCAAACACUCCUGUUUCUGGGCAGUUUCUGUUCUCAGUGCUCACUCCAAAGUCAUGCUUGAUUUGUCCUCUGUUCACAGAGAGCAGUUGCUUUUUGCAGGACAAAAGGCUAUUGAACAGGAUGGGACCUACCCCUUGGCAGACUGGGGCAGCCCCCUCUGGGGGUGGGGCAAAUGUCUCGGGGCAGCCCUCAUUUGGCAGAUAGAACUCUUGUGUGUUGGUGGGCCUUGGAAACUUUUCACCAUAGCCCUAAAAUUUUCUGCUGCCUUUCGGUGUGAUGGGGAGGGCCUUUUCAAUCCCAGUUAUUUUCCUUUUGGCUAUAGAGGUAGGUGUGAGGGGAAAACCUUACGUAGCAAAAUAUCUUGAGCCUCCCUGGCAAAAACAGUCACUUUUGUUCAGGAGAAAUCUGCUUCAGAUUUCAAAAUGCUCUGUUUAGCUUCUUUGUUUUUUAAAACCUGCCCCUCGACCUCAGGAUAUAAGAUAGCAGGGGAGUGAGCUAGGAUUUGGGUAACUUCUUUAGUCCUAAAUUAUAGGACGGGGUGGAAUGAGGAGAAGAAGCCAGAAGUGACUCCUUUGGAAGCUGAGGGAUUGGAGAGACCCCAUCGGGGGAAGGGAGUUGAGUCCGUGGAGAGUCUGCGGAAGUAGAUGGAUAAUUUCAGUCAGAUGAAAAUAUCUGGCAGAAAGGGGUGCCAUGACUAGUGACUCAGCAGCAGAGCCCUGGCAAUCUGUGUUCCUGGUAUAAUAGGAGAAGCACUUGGUGAAGGAGGAGGCAUUGUGUGUGUUUCUAAAGUGUGGAAUAUCAUAGAAGCUUCUUGCUAGAGGUUGCAUGCUUUAAUUUAGAUUUAUGAUAAUUAGUAGCGGAGAGGGUUUUUUGUAUGUGAGGGCUGUCAUUUCUUACUUACUCAAUCUGUAUAGUUAUCAAUAAACAGAUUAUUUCAAAACCCUG